AUUUUGAAAAUAAAUUAUUUAGAUGGCCUCGCUGUAUCCACCAUCCUUAGCAGUCUUGACAGCAAGUACCUUGACCAGCUAAAGUUGUAUUUAUACCCAGCUCUUCAGAAUCCAGGUCGCAGUAAGUUUGUGAGGUGUUGGCACGCUAAGACAGACAGUUGGGCGGCAACAACAUUCCACAGUAACUGUGGUGGAAAGGGUCCCACUGUAACCAUCGUCCAAGUUGGUAAUUACAUAUUUGGUGGAUACACUGACAAGUCUUGGUCUAGUCCUAGUAAGUACUAGUUACAUAUUUGGUGAAUACACUGACAAGCCUUAGGGUGAUACUUAUCAUUUUUAUGUGGACGGGGGCAAAAACGAUUCUAACACUCUUUAUGUACAUUUAUGCCCAUAUUCUUUUGUGAAAAAAAUAGAGAGAGGAGCCCGAUGGGCUCCUGACAGUGAUAAAUUUCUCCGUUUUCAGGCAGAAUUUUAAGACAGAAUUCAGACAAAAAAAUCUCCCUUUUCAAAAAAUAAUAUCUGGAUACUCCCGUGGAUAAGGCCUCUUUGAUAAGCAUAAGUCACAUACACCGUUGGCGUAAAGAGAUGGUUAAAAAAAACAACAACAACAACAACAACAAGAACGAAGCCGCAUGGAGGGGGACAUGGGGGUUUACGGUAUUGCGGUAUUGGGCUUUUUUUCAUGCGGUAUUUCAGUAAUUUUAAUUUUAACGUGCGGUAUUGCGGUAUCAUCUAGCUCUGCGGUAUGCGGUUUUUCAUCAUUUUGGCUGACGGUAUUCGGUGAAAUAAGAUUGUUCACGGUAUUACGGUACCGUUUAUUUGCGCUUUCCUUUAGACAAAGUACGCAAAACAAAACACAGUAGGACAUAAAGGUCGAUAANUAGCUCUGCGGUAUGCGGUUUUUCAUCAUUUUGGCUGACGGUAUUCGGUGAAAUAAGAUUGUUCACGGUAUUACGGUACCGUUUAUUUGCGCUUUCCUUUAGACAAAGUACGCAAAACAAAACACAGUAGGACAUAAAGGUCGAUAAAAGUUAAUAUUUAGAAGUCUUGAGACAUAACGGUAAAGUUAUGGUCGAUAAUAUACAAUGUGAUUGUCGUUGCAUCCAAUGAUAAUGAGUCGUCUCAAGUUACCUUACCAGGCUUUUCGAUCUGUGUACCUGUGCCGGUAAUUCGAGGUCUUACACGUUUUCUCACAAUGGGUGAGAUCGCUGAGGUUGAAGACGGCGUGGUCAUCAUUGACUGUGUGGCAAUUUUUUUAUAAAGAGGGCGAAGGAGGCGAACAUUAUCGCAACAAGAAUAAGUUUAGAUGUCGGAUUUCGAGAAUUGAAAAACGCCUUGUAAAGGUAAAAGAGAAAAUUUGGUAAGUUUGCCUCUUACCGGCGCGGCGUGUGAGACAGUCGAGGUAGUUGACUCCUGAGAGAAUGACGUGCUAGACUAGACUCACUUAUCAAAACUCGCACUAGACGUGGGUGGAAAGGGUUUUGGUUGGUUUGUUUUUCGCGCUUUCAAGAGUUAUCUUUAGUGGAGUUAAUUAGUUGUUGGGUCGACCUACCAAAAGGUUGAACGAAUGUAGUUUAUUUUUCAGUGAAAAUGUGCGAAAAAUUUGCGAACUACCAAAAUAUUAAAAAAAACAUGGACAUGUGGUGCAUAAAUGCCUGAGAUAAUUAAACGCGCUAGAUGGAAGCAACCAUAAGUAUUCGGAACCGAUUAUAAAUGUGAUUAAAAUAUAAUAUGCGGUAUCGGUAUUUAGACGAUUUUCGACGCGGUAUUUCGGUAUUUGCCAUAAUUUUUCUUACGGUAUUGCGGUAUUUGGUCCCCCCCCCCCAAUGUCCCCCUCCGCAUGGGCUGUUUUAUUUCGAUUUUUUUUUCUCCCCGGAGUAUUCUUUUUGUCUCUUAAAAAUGUCCGGUUCUAAUAAACGGACAAUAUAAUAAAGAGAGUUCUAGUAGCUCUAUAAUGUUUAGGAAUGUACUUUUUCAAAAUAACUAACUGAUUUUUGGUGAGGAUUGGUGUAUUGCCUGGCUUUGUUAAUCAUUAUAGAAUAUUUUAUCCAAAAGGUUCAAAGGUGAAAAACAGCUUCGAACACAAAAUAUAUAUUUAUAGCUGUCAUGCUCGUCCUUGCCACUUGAAGUGUUUGAAUAAUUUAAAUUAAUAUCUGAAAAAUGUUUUUCCACAGGUUCUUGUCGUUAUGUCUAUUCAAGUAAAUCGUUCCUGUUCUCGUUAUAUAACAUCAAUGGCUACGCUCCUAUUAAGGUGAACAUCAAGUCAAGUAGUUAUAGUGGCGCUAUUUACACAUGUUCCAGUUACGGACCAACCUUUGGUGGGGGAAACGACCUGUACAUAUCCCACGACGCUGCAAUUAACAGCAAUUCCUACACCUACUGUGGCUUCAGCUACCCCCUCCCCCCUGGGUACUCUGCAUCUGCUACUUCCUGUAGAUUUUAUGCAGGAUCCUACAAUUUCACUCCCACUGAUGUUGAAGUGUUUUACGAGACAACAAUUUAA